GAAGAGAGGCAAUAACUUCCUCCCAGGAACUGCAGGACCUCCUGGAAGAAGACGCGCAAGACUUUGCAAGUGAGAACAGCAGAUUGGAAGCCACUGUCCAGCAGCCAAGCGAGAGCGUUGAAGCCCUUCCGAGAGCCCUGCAAGCCUCUGCCUCAGGUGGUGAACUUUCCCAGCAGCUGGACAUGGAGCCUGGAACAGGCAUGCAGCUCGAGGCCCCAAACCAGGCUUUGCAAGAAGAGCUGUCCACUCUGCUUGGGAAGUGUGAACAACUGGAGAAGAGCAAAUGUCAGCUGCAAGAAGAGGUGACAAAACUCCACCACCAUUUGGAGACUUUGGUGCUGGAUGGCAGCCAAAGAGAACAGUGUACAGGAGAGGUGGCAGAAGGAGCUGACCAGGAAAGAAGUGCAAAGCUACAAGAGGUCAGCCUCGUUUUGCAAGCUGGAAAAGCUUCUGAGGAUAGAGAGCAGGAAACUCCGGGUUAAUGAAGAGAAAGGAAGUCAGUCCCAGCUGGAAGAAAUGAAGAAGAGAUAUUCUGAAAAGGUCAAGGAAGUUGAAAGAUUCC